CUUCCCAAAUUAAAUACAACCAAACGACGUCGCUUUCAUCCUUUUCCUCUCUCUCUAACUUCCAACCCAAUUUACAACUACAGCGCACUUACCCGGAUUGCUUAUGCUACGCUACACACACUCUUCAUCGGACCCCACAUUUUCCAUAUCUACACUGUUUAGCUUCAAAUCCAUGUUAAUUUGAGCUGAAUCUCACUAAUUAUUGCGCAGUAAUUGUGAUUUUUCUGGGGGGAAUUUGAUUGUGCUUGAGUAUUUUGCUUGUGAAUCUCUUAGGGAUUUGAUGAUUGAACUUCGGAGGAAGCUUUUGGAGUUUUGAGUGGAGUUUCAUCGGUGUCUGUGUGUGUGUGUUUAAUGGAGGUGGAGAAAGCUCGGACGGCGAAUCGAAGUACGAGGUUUGACGAGGUUUCGAUGGAGAGAAGUAAGAACUUCGUUACUGCAUUACAGGAACUCAAAAACCUCAGGCCACAAUUGUAUUCUGCAGCAGAGUAUUGUGAGAAGUCUUAUCUUCACAGUGAGCAAAAACAAAUGGUAUUGGACAAUCUUAAGGAUUAUGCUGUACGGGCUCUAGUCAAUGCAAUCGACCACCUUGGUACUGUUGCAUACAAGUUGAGUGAUAUUCUGGAGCAACAGACACUCGACAUCUCGUCGGUGGAGCUGAAAGUUACAUGUCUAAAUCAGCAACUUCUGACGUGUCAAACAUAUACGGAAAAAGAAGGUCUAAGGCAGCAGCAAUUAUUAGCCAUCAUCCCAAAGCAUCACAAACAUUAUAUUUUGCCAAAUUCUGUAAAUAAGAAGGUGCACUUUAGCCCACUUAUACAGACUGAUCCUAGGCAAACUAUACAAGCAAGAUCUCGUCUUUUUCCUUCAGGUGCUUCAGCUGCAAAAACUCUUUCUUGGCAUUUGGCCUCCGAAACCAAGUCGACCUUGAAAGGCUCUCCACGUGGUAUUAUAAGGUUCGUCGUCCUCAAAGUAUUUUACAUCUUUAUCUCUGCAUCUAUUGAAUCAAGCACGAAAGAAAUUUGAUAUUUGCCUACCAUUUUCAGUACAGAGGAUUCAAAAACGAUGUAUGGGAAGUCUUCUGGUGCAUUCAACUUGUUAGAUGUUGAAGAGAAUGCCCGGAUGAAAUCCGCACCAGCUUCGAGUGUAGCUAUGCAAACAUUGGGUGUUGCACGAAGGGAAUCUUCGGAGGGCUCUAAACCUAUGACUCCGUAUAGGUCAUUCGACAAUCCUGGGCAGAGAGAAAUUAUCCGGCCGCCUGUUCGUAGUAAGAGCAUGCUUUCAGCUUUCUUUGUCAAACAAAAGACGCAAAAAUUGAAGACAAACGCGUGAAAUCCUAGGGCAAACUAUUUUCGUCUUUUUUUUGCAUCGUCAAGUAUGUUUCGUCAAGUUGGAAGAAAUUGUUCAACUGUUUGUCCCUUUCGAUUAUAGAACUCUUCCUUUUAUCGAACAUUCAUUGGCAGUUAGUUGUAUGUAUCAUAUCUGUGUAACAAUAAAUUAGCAGUAAGUGUAUAACAGUUAGCUAGAAAAGAUGUUUGAGGAUUUUGGUUUGCAAAAUAUUGGUGAUUGGUCAUUUUCAUUUUUACUUA